AAUAUCGAAAGAAGCUUUUGGGUAGAAUCUUCUUAAACCCUAAUCCCCAAUCAACUCGAAUUCGCGCGUUUGAGUUCCCACGAAAUUAUGAAAUUGAAUUGAAAGAAACUGUAAUCUGUGUACCGCGAUCAAGUUCUCACAGUCUGAAGGUCAAGGUUGUGUAUCGUGGAUAAUUUGUCAGAGGCUAAGAGGGCGAGCUCAAUGUCCGGUAGAAAACAAGGUGAAACGCCGGCCGACGAAGGUGGAUCUGGUACGAAGCCACCGCGCAUCAAAAUCUCAAAAUCCUCCGACGCAGGCGAUGCCAAGAAUGUUAGCAAGAGGCUUAAAGACAUGGAAAUUUGUGUCCCAAUAGUCUGUGGAACCAUCGCAUUUUAUCUGGGCAGGAAGGCCAGCGAGUCACAGUCACAUAAAUGGACAGUCUAUGUGCGUGGAGCUACUAAUGAGGAUCUCGGGGUGGUGAUAAAGAAAGUUGUGUUUCAGUUACAUCCCAGCUUUAAUAACCCAACAAGAGUGGUUGAAUCGCCACCUUUUGAGUUAUCAGAAUGUGGUUGGGGAGAGUUUGAGAUUGCCGUCACACUUUUCUUCCACAGCGACGUUUGUGAUAAACAAUUAGACCUAUUUCACCAUUUGAAGUUGUACCCUGAAGACGAAUCUGGUCCACAAACAACAAAGAAACCUGUUGUGGUGGAAUCUUACAACGAAAUUGUGUUUCCCGAUCCAUCUGAAAAUUUUUUCGCUCGUGUUCAGAAUUAUCCAGCUGUUGUUGUGCCUCGCCUUCCUGCUGGUUUCAAUCUACCUAAUCCUGCACCAAUUGAGAAUAUGGCAGAAAGGGAGAGAGGCGACACCAAGGAUCAUCCCCUUAGUCAAUGGUUCCUGAAUUUUUCAGAGGCAGACGAGCUGUUAAAACUUGCAGCUGCUCGCCAACAAGUGCAAGCUCAUAUUGUCAAGUUGAGAAGACAACUCAGUGUGAUGGAUGGACUGCCUCAGUUUUCAAAACCAACCGCUGGUUAUGAAUUUACGUAAUAAGCUGGAGGCUGAUGGAGUUUAUCCAUGUAGUUAGGCUUACCUGCCAGUCUCAUGGUUCAGGUCCAUGUAAACAAUGAUGUAUCAAGUUUUUCUUUAAUAUCCAUGCAAUUAAGGUGAUAUUUUUAUACUUAAAGUAGGAUCUGUCACUCUUAGUAAUAUUGUUAUCUAACUUAUGCUCCUGCGAUACUUUGUAAUCAUCCAUUUUUUUAUUUAAUCCCCUCACAUCUGCAUUGAUGAAAAUGAAUAUGCAGGGGAAGGAAGAACUAGUGAUCCGUUGCAAAAUCCAACGGGCCAAGAAUUAGUGGCUAAAAAUAUUCAACCUCAAACCUUGCAUAAUUUCAGACUCCAAAAGAAUUCUCCAAUCCUAAAAAAUUCUGCUGUUUCUCUGUUGAAAUCUUCCAAACAGUAGUUAGAUCUGAAUGCAACUUUAGCUUUGAAUUAAGACCUGGAGCCUAAUUCAUUAGAAGUAGCUUAGAGCUUUUCUCAAACUUUCCAGGAAAAUUCAAUGACCAAAUAUGUGGUCAACCUCCUCUUCUCCAUCUUCUCCUAGAACAUCAUUUGGGGUGAUGUGAAUUUUGGGCUACGUUUCUCGAACUCUAUCAUCUUGUGGUUAUGAUCCUCUCAAAGGCUAGGGACCAAGGCUAAGAAUACAAUUUUAGCAUUUUUGCUUUCUCUCCAAAACACAGGUUCAUAAAUUGUUGAGUAGGUUGAUAAAUUGUUGAAGGCACCACAGAUCCAUCUUCCACUCGCAAAUCCAAUCUUCCUUGUCUCGGCCCCAAGUCCUCAAGAUGCUUCAGAAGAGCUCCAGAAGACUGUAAUGUAUGAUCGAUCAUUGUGAACCGAAAUAAUAUAGUUGCUUGAAUCCUCAAUGUAUGUUAUGGUGUUCUUGGUUUAUCAAUAUAAAUUUCAAAAUCAUGCAUAGUGUUAUUGGUAUUGCUAUUUUUUUUGUAGGUGCACAAGCUUGGAAUGGAAGCCAGAAAAUUUUCAUUAAUAGUUCUUUCCUUUUUAUAUAUUCUCCUUAUAGCACAAGGAGAAUAUAUAAAAUUAUGAUGUUGCACUAUUUAAGAUUUUCUUUACACCGAAGACUGGAGUAGUUGCCUUGGGUUUUAUGCUUAACAAUCUUGUUUUUGAUCUGAUAAACAUGGUCGUGAACUAUUUAUCAAA